AUGUGGUUACAAGCAAAACUUAUUGGUUUUCUUUUUAAUUUUUUACUUUUAAUAAUAAAUACACGAUCGUUUUACAUAUCCCCAGGAUCCCACGAGUUCUUAGUGACAGAAAUUGUCCGCGUGAAACGUCAAGCCGGGUACGUUUACAACAAGCCUAGUAUUCAAUUUGAUUUGCCUUCGACAUCUACUGUAUCCACUCAAGAACCAAAUGUUGACAGGACGCAGGCGCAGCAGAUGUAUUACGUUUAUCCUGCCCCACCUAAAGAACAAUCUUCUAACGCGGAAAUUGUUGGGGAUACAACAACAAAAGGUAACAACGGUGGCAGCGCUGGCGGUUAUAGCUAUGGUUCACGAAACACGAUUGGCAGUCAACAAGAUGCUGGCGACACAUCAUCACAGGCCAUUAGUUUAGGCACCGGUCAAUUAACAAAUACCAAUGCUGGAUAUGGUUAUAAUGUGCCAACGGAUGUUGGUAGUCCACCUCAAACUAACACGGGUUCACGUGCGACUUCCACUGGUUCUACUGCUACCAGUUCUGUCUCCACAAGUUAUUUUUAUGACACUCCAUCAUCAAUCUCUAAUAUUGCCACAGCAAAAAGUCAAAUUACUUCCGAUUCAUCUCAAACAAGCAAGAGUGCUGCUGGCUACAAUUAUGAUUCUGUCGGAAUUACUAACAAUAAUCAGAAAUCAAAUGAUUUAGUCAAUCAAAAUACGAACGCUGAGCGUUCUCAAAGUACUUCACCUUCAGGCUAUAACUACAACAAUGCUGGAUUGAUUGCAAACAAUUUUGGGCAAAUCGAAACAGAAACCAUUUCAGUAAAAGGUGGAUUGACAGAUUUGUCAUCUAGUUAUAAUUAUCAAGCGCCAUCAUCAGAAUCAUUAAUAAAUACAGAAAAGAAUUUAUUAAAUUCAGAAGCUGGAUCAAAAGCUGCGGGCUACGGUUCUGGACCUGCUCCAGUGACAAGUACUUCCAUAAAUUCCAUAGCAAGUCUAAGUGCUUUAAGCGAAGGAAAUUCACAAAAACAAUCGGGAAAUUCUGGGUAUAAUUAUAAUACUCCGACUACAUCCAAUACGGUGGAAAGUGUUAAAAAAAUAACCAUUCCGAAUUCCAGAGCCACAAGUUCCGUAUCAGCUAAUUACAACUAUGAAGGACCUGCGCCAAGUCAAUUAAUAAAUACAGAAAGUCUACGAUACCUACCGCCAAGCUCUGGGGCUGGUUCAGGCGCUAGUGCUCCCGCCAUUAAUUCUGGCACGAAUAGGUCAAAUGGAAUCAAUAACCAAUACGUACCUCCAACGAGUUCUUUUAGUACUAGCGUACCAGGGAUGACGCCAUUGGCUUCGUAUAUACCGCAAAGCAGUGGAAUUUCUUCAUCAAGCUCUUCUCAAGCAUAUUUACCUCCAUCGAACUCUAUUUCAACUAAUCAGCCAUCGCAAUUGUACGUUCCAUCAAUACGUAGCAAUACACCACUUAGUUCGUCAAUGGUGUCCAAUUCACAGACAUAUAUACCACCAUCAACAUCCCAAUACGGGAUAUCAAGCCCUGGUCCACAAUUAAGUACACAGACCUCUGUUGCUUUGUCAUUAAAUUCAUAUAUUCCGCCGCAGAAUACAGGACAGCUUAGUGCACCAAGCAUUCAACCAUCAGUACCAUCACAGUCGUAUCUACAGCCAUCGAGUCGAAAUUUGAGUAGUGGAACCAGCCAACCUAAUGGAAAUUACUUACCUCCUACAUCAGGUACACUUACCCCAACAUCAGUGAAUUCUAACUAUUUAUCUCCAGUGACAGACUCUUCUCUACCGGCUGUAUCAUACCUGCCACCGAAGAUUUAA